CUGGCAUCUUGAGCAGUUCGAAAUCCUUGGGUGGAAUGAUCCAAAGAACUGCAAGCUAUUUGGAAUGUAUGGACCGAAACCCUAACUCCAGGUCUGCUCGUGUCUUCAGCCAAGUCAGCAGCCUCAAAUGCUUCUGUUUCUUGUGAGACCCUGACAAGACACCCUGACAUUUAAAAAAAUCUUGGAUCAGGAUUUCUCUCUAGCUUGGAGAACCGGCUCUUCCUUUACUCAUUUUUCUUUUCUAAGAAAAAGAGUAAGCAUACCCAAAAUUGAUUAUCCUAUUUUUGUUCCUCAAUUUUAACUUUAAAACAGGCUAUUUGUAAGUUAUUAAACCUUACGCCAGACACCCAAAUUGCAGUUAAGAAAGGAGGUGAAUGUGUCUGGCUUUUUCCAGUGCACACAUGGCCAUAUCUAACCUCAAAUGAGAGCCGACAGUCCUGAAAGGUGGUGGGGAGAUGUCGGCCAGCAGCGGGAAGAGUGUCUGUGUCAGGUCUCUGGAAGACGGACCACAGCGCCUUUUGUGCAUUUGUAUUUCUCUACCACUCCCUUUUCUUCCUCUCCAUGUGUAUGUUGUCUCCUCCUCCUCCUCCUCUGUGUGUGUGUGUGUGUGUGACUUCUCCCUCCCUUCCUCUGGAUCAGCCGCUGGCCAAGGAGACCUCUCCAAAGGGCUGGACACUUUGUGGGAUUGUCCUUGUUCCUCCUGUAUUUGCCGAGUCAAGGGUAUCUCUUUGCAGGCUUGGAGAGAUGCUGUUACUGCUGGUGAUGUGAUUGCAUAGCAACACAGCAGCGCUGGGCGGUGGAGGAGGAGAGGCAGGGAGUGUGCAGACAGCAGCGCUCAGCCUCAGCAUGCAUCCCUGUCACAAGGACUCCUUUGCUGAUUCACAGAGGCAGCCCCCGUCCCUGCUCCCAAAGCCUGGCAGCCGCUGCCCCCUGCGUCUCAGACCUGGCGGACUCAGAAGGUGCUCAUGCCUAGAGCUGUCUCCAUCCCCAUGAACAUCGGUUCUGAUGCAGCCCCUGGUGAUGCAGGAAUGGCCUUAUGUCCUCCCACGGUGUCCUGAGUGGCACGUCACAGACCAGGCGCGGCACAGCAGCACUGCCCACCCGCUGUCUCAGGUUGAAGCCUUGCAGGAUGGUGCAGGACCUUCGUGUGUAACCCCCCGGGCUCUGAGUGGUGCUGCUGGGCCUCAGGUCCCUCUGGAGAUGAAUCUUUGCUGGAAUGAAAUCAAAAAGAAAUCCCACAGCCUUCGGGCUCGACUGGAGGCCUUUUCCGACCACAGUGGGAAGCUGCAGGUGCCUCUCCAGGAGAUCAUAGACUGGCUCGGGCAGAAGGAUGAGGAGCUCUCAGCACAGCUGCCCCUACGGGGUGACAUCCUCCUGGUGCAGCAGGAAAAGGAGAUGCACGCGGCUUUCAUGGAAGAAGUGAAGUCUCGGGGACCGUACAUUUACUCUGUCCUGGAGUCAGCACAGGCUUUCCUUUCCCAGCAUCCAUUUGAGGAAUUAGAAGAACCAACUUCAGAAAGCAAAGAUGUCUCUCCCCGGCACCGGAUCCAAAACAUCAGCCGCUUUGUCUGGAAGCAGGCGAAUGUGGCCAGCGAGCUGUGGGAGAAGCUCACAGCUCGGUGCGUGGACCAGCACCGUCACAUCGAACGGACCCUGGAGCAGCUGCUAGAGAUUAAAGGGGCUAUGGAGGAGCUCAGCACAACACUGGAUGAGGCUGAAAGUGUGCGUGAAACCUGGGAACCCAUUGGGGACCUCUUCAUUGACUCCUUGCCAGAGCACAUCCAGUCGACCAAGCUAUUCAAAGAGGAGCUCUCCCCCAUGAAGGAUGGGGUGAAAGUGGUCAAUGAUCUUGCACACCAGCUUGCCAUCUCAGAUGUUCACCUAUCCAUGGAGAACUCCCGUACCCUGGAGCAGAUCAACACGCGCUGGAAGCAGCUGCAGGCCUCCAUAAAUGAACGCCUGAAGCAGCUCCAAGAUGCCCACCGGGACUUUGGACCAGGCUCCCAGCACUUCCUCUCCUCCUCCGUCCAGGUCCCCUGGGAGCGAGCCAUUUCCCCCAACAAAGUGCCAUAUUACAUCAACCACCAGGCCCAGACGACAUGCUGGGACCACCCAAAGAUGACGGAGUUGUACCAGACACUGGCGGAUUUGAACAACAUCAAGUUCUCAGCUUAUCGGACGGCUAUGAAACUACGACGGGUGCAAAAAGCCCUGCGAUUGGACAUGGUGACCCUGGCCACAGCCUUGGAAAUCUUCAAUGAGCACGACCUGCAGCCCAGUGACCGCGCAAUGGACGUGGUUGAGGUCAUCCACUGCCUGACCACCCUCUACGAGAGGCUGGAGGAGCAGCGGGGCAUCCUGGUGAACGUGCCACUCUGUGUGGACAUGAGUCUCAACUGGCUGCUGAAUGUCUUUGACAGUGGCCGCAGUGGGAAGAUGAGGGCUCUCUCCUUCAAGACGGGUAUUGCAUGUCUGUGUGGGACAGAAGUCAAGGAGAAGUUUCAGUAUCUCUUCAGCCAAGUGGCAAAUGCUGGGGGAUUCUGUGACCAGCGGCACCUUGGCGUCCUGCUCCACGAGGCCAUCCAGGUCCCACGCCAGCUGGGAGAGGUGGCAGCGUUUGGGGGCAGCAAUGUGGAGCCCAGCAUCCGCAGCUGCUUCCGCUUUAGCAACGGGAAGCCCACCAUCGAGGUGUCCCAGUUCCUUGAGUGGGCCAACCUGGAGCCACAGUCCAUGGUGUGGCUGGCUGUGCUGCACCGGGUGACCAUGGCUGAGCAGGUGAAGCACCAGACCAAGUGCUCUGUUUGCCGGCAGUGCCCCAUCAAGGGCUUCAGGUAUCGGAGUCUGAAGCAGUUCAAUGUGGAUAUCUGCCAGACUUGCUUCCUCACCGGGCGAGCCAGCAAGGGCAACAAGCUGCACUACCCCAUUAUGGAGUACUACACCCCGACCACAUCCAGCGAGAACAUGAGAGACUUUGCCACAACACUGAAGAACAAGUUUCGGUCCAAGCAGUACUUCAGCAAGCACCCACAGAGAGGUUACCUGCCCGUCCAGUCCAUACUGGAGGCUGACUUCUCAGAGACACCAGCCUCCUCCCCGAUGUUACCACAUGCCGAUACCCACUCCCGGAUCGAGCACUUUGCCAGCAGGCUUGCAGAGAUGGAAAGCCAGAAUUGUUCCUUCUUCAGUGACAGCCUGUCCCCUGACGAUAGCCUGGAUGAGGACCAGUACCUGCUGCGCCAUUCCAGCCCCAUCACCGACAGAGAGCCUGGGGGCAGCCAGCAGGUUCCAGGAAGCCUCAACAUGGAUGACAAGGGAGAGCUGGAGCGAAUCCUGGCCCACUUAGAGGAUGAAAACAGGAUCCUCCAGGGAGAGCUGAGGCGUUUGAAAUGGCAGCAUGAUGAGGCGGUAGAGUCUCCAACCUUGGCUACAGGCUCUCCUGAAUCAGUGCAAGACCCACGUAAUGAUGAGCUCCUGGCAGAGGCACGAAUCCUUCGGCAGCACAAGAGCCGCCUGGAGACCCGCAUGCAGAUCCUGGAGGACCACAACAAGCAGCUGGAGUCCCAGCUGCACCGACUGAGGGAGCUGCUGUUGCAGCCUCCAGCAGAGACCAAUGCCAACGGGUCAGCAGCCUCUUCCUUGGCUUCAUCUCCACAUCAGUCUGAAGGCAGCCAGGCAAAGGAGAAAGAGCACAGCACCCCUGACACUAGAGCUGCAGAUGAGGUGGAAGCCAAAACCCAGGAAGUCAGUGUGUGCCUGGAAGACAUCAUGGAGAAGCUGCGCAGCGCCUUCCCCAACUCUCGAGGUACUAGAGUGAAAUCCCCCUCUCUGGCCUCUUCCUGCUUCCUCUGAUGAGGUUUUGCCCCACGGAGCCCUGCCCCGAUCCCAGCUUCCCUGCGACCACUGAUCGCCUGUAGUGCCUACAGCCAAGAGCUAUGCUGCGGCGCUGCUAGGACUGGUGUGUGCCCUGGGCACAGAGAAUGAGGAGGCGGGUUUGCACCUACAAGGAGAGACCAUCAGAGCUGCCAAGAGUACGGACCAACUAGAUUCCCCCAGACGAGCUGCAAGGCAGCCUCUUCCCCUCCUUGGGAUCCUGCACCCUGCGGGGCUCCCCGCUGCGAAGAUGGACAGACCUGCCACCACUGAGUUUGCAGCGAUCUCUUUGAGCCACCUCCUUGCUUUGUCCCUGUCCAGACCCCUCUCCAAGAGAGGUUGAGGCCCCAGUUACCUGUUGAAAUGGAAGCAAUAGUGCCAGCUCUCCUACCUGCUCAUGGACAGCCCUUCCCCACAGGGGUGGGGACUGGGGGAUGCACGGUGAACGGCACUCCGCUCACCCAGUGGGUUUUGGUGUUGCUCUUUCUGCUGUCCCUCUGUGCUCCAGCCUGCGAGCAGCCCUCAGUCCCGCGCCCAGGCUGCCCGUGUGCAUGCCGGGAGGAGACAUUGCUUGGUGCCAGCACUAACACAAGGCAGGGGAGACCUUCCCUCUCUGCCCAUGGAGACCCUUACCCACUUUCUGCUAUUCCUGAGCAGUAUGCUGGCUCUGCAGCAAGUCCAUGCUAACCAGGUGGCUCCAGGUCCUAUUUUUCUGACCUCUCCAUUUCUUUUUCAGGUAUGACCUCCCUUAUCUAACACCUCCUGUGAGCCAGAGGCUUUUCCUAACCAGCUGCUUUCCUCCCCCUCCUCUCCCUGCCAUGCUCCCUGUGCUGCAGCAGACCUUGCACAGACUUCCUCCAAGCUGGUCACGCAGGAUGCUUGCCAGCUCCAGAAGAUCUCAGGGGAUCAUAGGUCAUGCAGGAGCAGGACUGUGGACUCCUCAGGAGGCUGGCUCGGCCACUCGGCCACAGCAUCCAAGCCUGGGUGGAAAGGUUCAGAAGGAAGAACUGAAGCUGUGAAAACUGCCUGUCUCCUCAGCACCCAUGGGCUGCUGCCGCAGCCCUCGGGGGAUGCAGAGCUCAGCAUCCUGCUCCUCCUCAGUUGUGUCCAGGGGCCUCCUGUAUCAGCACACAAGCACUCCUGGAGCCACACAGUUUUUAAAAGAACUCUUUCUAAUAGCAUCCAGCUGCCAGCCUUACAGAUUGAACUCUGCCACCCAGGGCUCUGCAGCCAGACAGGCACAUACCAUCUGGUGGGGAGAGGCUGCGAGGUUAUGGGGUAGGGAUGAGUCCAUGUUAGAGCUUCAGCCCAGCUAGUAGCCUUAUCUUGAGAGGGUCUUUAUAACAGAGCCUUAUCAUUUAAUUUGCAUAUAUUUCUAUAUAUAUUAUAUAUAUAUUCUGUACUUAAAUACUCUCAUGGACUCACUCCAUUAAAUUCUAAUACUGUAAGUGUAGCUGCCCUUCACUUUCAGUCCAGCCCAGCAUCUGCUCCCAUGGGGACCAGCACCUUCCCCAUUGCUGAUGCUGCCUGGGAGCAGGGCUGCUGUGAGGGGAGCUCAGUGGAGGGCUGGGCUGGCAGCAGGUACCAUCCUGUCUGAUCUCCUGGGGAGCUGUGCCUUUGCCAUGGCACAGAGAGCCUGUCUUGCCUGCGCCUGGCUCCAUCCCUGGGAAGCCUCAGCUCCUGCAGCUGCCCAUCCCCACAGUGCUGCACGAAGGGGUUUCUCCAGCCCUGGAGCCACCAGGAUGUUGGGCUGUGAUGCAGGAGCAUAGUGGUGUGGGCAGGCAGCAGGACACACAGGGCACCUCCUUGCCACCCUCAAGGAUCAGCUUCCCUGCUGCUGUCCCCCAAUUUGAGCUGGGCUGAGGGGCUGGAGCCACUCGUUGGAAGCAGGUGAGUCCCACUGGGCAGUGGGGGAGGCUGUUCUUCAAAGGUGGCAGGGUAGCUCAGUGGUGGCUCCUGGUCCCAAAGGCUCCCUCGGGCUGUCUGUCUCAUGCUGUGUUAUGUCGAGAAGGAGGUAGAGUCAUGUGCCAUGGGGUGCCCCAGAGCAGAGGCUGAGACUGCCCCGGUGCUCUGGGGCCAAGGGCUGCGGAGGGAAGAGGUUCCUGAGCUCGCAGGGCAGGGCAGGGCACAGGCAGGGCUGCAUGCAGGUGUGAAGAAGCAGCAUCCUGCCCAAAACAGGGUUUGCUGUGAGGACAGGAACGGGGCUGUUGUCGCUGGCUGUGACGGGAUGUGGUGGUGAGCUGUUUGGGGACAUCCAAACCAAGGCAGCGUGUGGGGGCACACGGCUGUGCGGUCAGUGUGCUGGCAGAGGUGCAAAGCAGUGCCCACACCGGGGAUGAGAUGGUGUGAGCCUUACAGCCAGGUGUCUGGGGUCUUGUGCUGCAGUGUCCAUUAACAGUGGCACGGGCUGCUGUCCUUGCCGCCCCCCUCUCACACCAGGGUGAGCAGCAGGAGUGCAGUAACAGUGGCAUUGGCGUUAGGCUGGCUGUAAGCAUGUUCUGUGUCAGGCUGCUUGUGUGACCAUGGUGAGGGACCAUGUGCCAGCCUGCAAGACCUGGCUGGACCCCCUGUAAUCCCAGUGGCAGGAUGGGGGGAGUGUGGGGAGGAGCGGAGUUUUGGCCUGAGCGUGAGGUCAGGAGUACCCAGCCUGGGGGGAGCUGGAGGAAGGAAAAGGCAGGAUGAGGGCAGAGCUGCUGGUCCCAGUGCCAGGGCAGGGAGCAGCGGCGGCCAGGCUGGGUGCUCAGGCUGUGUUUGGGAGCCAGGAUGUGGCAGGGAGGGGAGCAGGCUGGCUAACGCUCUGGUAACCAUGUACUGUGGUGCUGCUGUCCUUGCUGCUUCAUGCAAUCUCUGCUCUGGAAAGAGAAUAAAUUUGUAUUGAUACUGAGACCUGGAUUGGUGCUCUGGCCUCUUCUAUCCAUGCACCUCGGCUGAGUCAGGGCAGCUCCCAGCACUGUGCCAUCUUGGCAUCGCUCCUGCAGGGCUGCUGGGACAUGGAUGUCCCUGUCCCUUGUAUCACCCUGACUGUCCACGCCAUUCAAGGCAGAGCAGAAGCUGUGACCAAAGCUCUGGGCUCCCCAGACACAGGUGUGUCUCCUGAGCACCAUCUUCAUCUUCUUCCAGUAAGGUCUGCUCAGGGCCACACAGCAGCCUGGGGGCUGGGAAAGGAGCUGUGUGGGGACAGUCCCUCUUCCUUGCCUGGGAACUUCUGCUGUAGGAAAUCCUUCAGCCCCAGGAAGGGUGUAGGCAGCAGUGGGAUGCUGGGCAGGCAGCCCUCUCCCUCCGUGCUUUCUCCCUGGAGCCCCAUCAGGUCUCCAGCGCCCAGAGGCGCGUGCUCCAAGCGCUGCCCGUGUGUCUCUGUGGCACAUGAGGGACU